CAGCAUAUUAUAAUCCAUAUAUAUCCUUUACGAUGGAAAUCAGGUUCUAGCUAUGUAUGUAUAUCCGGCAGAGAGCGUCAAAUAUAUGUACAUGUGUAUGUCCAACGUUCUCUGCGUUUAACCCCUUUACGUUGGCGUUUAGUCUCACUAAAGAUUUUUGGACGUUCCAUCAUUAAUUUCUUUUUUACUUUUAACAAUAUAUUCUAACUGUUAUGUUCUGAGUAUUUCUAAUAUCGUAAAUACCUUAUACCAUGAUUUCUAAUAUACUAGAGGAUCUCGGAUAUUUUCCUGGAAGUAUGCGAUAAUAUAAUAAAAACAUAGAUAAUCAUAUGUAUGUACAUAAGGUAUAAUAGUUUUGUUUACCAACGGCUGUCAAUUCAAUCGUUAGGGUAAUAUAGCAGAUUUGCAACAUUUUUAUCGCCUUUGAUAUUUCUAUUUUAUCCGCCUUAGACCUUUGUAAAUUCGAAUGAAUUAAAUAUUUAGAUACAGCCGAACCUAUGACUUCCUUACUUUUUAUAGUAGGUGCAUUAGCCAUAUGAUUCUAGGAAGUUUAGUAUGCAGUAUGCGAAUUUGUGAAGAAAUUUGCGUUUCCCAAGAAAUUAGUGAGAUUGUAGGAAAAACAAAAUGUAAAUUACAGCCUAAAAGAUUAGAAAAAACAAAAAUGAGUGCCUUUGGUAAAUAUAUAGAUAACGUUGUAUAUAUUUUGGUAACUUUCUUUAUCGCCGAUUUGUUGCUUCGAUUUUAUAAAGCUUUAUUGGAAAACUUUAAAUAUAAAAAUCACUAUUUGCCAGAAAAUCGCUUUUGGACAAUAAUCUGCCGAGCAUAUUGUUACAAUGCUACCACUUUAGUGCUUUUCUUUUGCGUUAUUGUAGUAGCUGUAGUGCGCCUCAGAUUUACGGAGAGCCUGCAUUUAAUACCGCCAGCGAUUUGUUUCACCUAUAUGCCACUUUGGUGGUUGAUAUCUUUGGUUCAAAUGGGUCAUAGCACAAUAGACAAUGCAAUGUUUAUACGUGGUAACCACGGUUUGGAUUCUGCGUCAAGUAUGGCAGCUAAUUAUUUUCAUGGAUAUUUGAAAUUAACCCUACCAGCAUAUACUAAUAUUACCGGUAUACGCGAUCGCAUAAAUUACUAUGAACAAAGCCAUGGUGUACAAUUUGCAAUCCAUCGAUUGGUUAUACUAGUACCCAGCAAAUUGUUUAUUAAAUCAAAAUUUGAAAGUCCGUAUUUAGAAAAGGCGGAGCCACUGCCCCCAGUGCGUCUUAAUCGUGCUGGAGUAUAUCGCCCGUAUCAAAAUGAUGUAUAUCGCUUUAGAAUGCCUAUUAAGAAGCGGUUUUAUUAUAUAUCACUGGAAGGGGCUACACCCAUUUUAACAUUUUUCGAAACAUUAAAUUUUCCACCCACAAGAACAAGACAAAUAGAAGAAAUGCAGCGGGAAAUUCUAUUAAAAUUUUAUAAAUACUUGAGGAAAUUGAUAUAUAACUGUCCAGAUACAGAAGAGGAAAUUGAGUUAAUUUUUUACAAUGAUUUCAAACCGAAUGGUGAGAAACACGACAUUGGAGAGUUUCUAUUUAACCAUUUUGAACAAGUGAUACUUUCUAGAGAGUCGGCGAAUACGACUAAAACUAUCCAAAAUGCAUUAGAUGACUUCAAUGAUUGACAAGUAGUUAGUUAAAUUAUACAACACUAAUAGUUUUAAUCCGAUACUAAUGCUAUAUAUAAUGUGUAUACCUAUAAUUAUUUAAUAAUUGGAAAACUAUAUUUAAAAUGUACAAACUAGCACACACUCAACACAAAGCAGUUAGUAAUUAGUAAUUAUAUUCUCAGUUUUCUAAAAAAAUACGCAUUUUUUUAAAUCUUCUUUUAACAAUAAUCAUGUAUAUAAUAAGUCUAUUAUUAAACACAUAUACUACUAUAAAACCAU